UGUCGGUCAGUGAUGCUGGUCUCGCGGCUGGUAGGGCCCUGGGUGAUGUAACCCGGGUUGUUUAGUUUCACCUUUGGGAUAGUGUGCAGAAAAUGCGUUGUGUGUCGCUGGCAGCGUUAACCCGCUGUGUACAGCAUGGGGGGCGGGGCGGGUGGCUCCGGACUGUCGUUUGUGAAGUGCGUCCCCAGACAGUAUCUGCCUGUACAGCUUUGGGUGUCUUGGAACAUGCCCGGGAUCUGCCUGCCUCUGCCUGGGAUUAAAGGUGAGAUUCCUACUGAAAGAACCUUGAAGUUGGCACAAGAUGCCCUAAGACCAAGAUUUCAACACAAAGGAGUGUCUGGAUUUGGAGUCUUGUCAGUAGCAAGCAGAGGUAGCAAGCACGCAAUGUCUGACAGCGUUUGAAGAUUUUCUGCUCACUGUUUAUAAGUCUAUAGGAGGAUUUUCCACAGAAGCAAUGUCUUUGGUCCCAAUAGCACCUUAUACAUACACACCCCUGAAUCUACUUAAAGAUGGUACAGUUGUCAAUGUCUGUGGUGUUGUGAAGUUCUUUAAGCCUCCCUACUUAAGCAAAGGAACUGAUUAUUGUUCAGUUGUAACAAUUGUGGACCAGACAAAUGUGAAGUUAACAUGCAUGCUCUUUAGUAGGAACUAUGAAGACCUUCCAGUCAUUUAUAAAGUUGGGGACAUUGUUUGUUUCCGUGGGCUGAAGAUCCAACUGUAUAACAACGAACUUCAGGGAAUCAGCAACUAUGGUUUUGCAUCUUUGACACUUGAUGGUUCUUUAAUGUCUCCUGCGACACUGCGCACUUCAGGCAGAAACUUUAACGUCACUGCUCUGGACCACAGUAUGGUAGAAGCCUUGCGGGCUUGGGCGUCCACACAUGCGCCACCUCCCUCCACCGUACUGCAGCUCUCUGACGUCCACCCCAUGCAGUACUGUGACCUGACCUGUCAGCUCCUGGGCAAAGCAGAAGUGGAUGGGACAUCUUUUCUUCUGAAGGUAUGGGAUGGCACCAGGACGAAGUUUCCCUCUUGGAGAGUCUGCAUCCAAGACCUUGUGUUCGAAGGUGACUUAAGUCACAUUCUGCGGCUACAGAAUCUGGUGAUAGACAUUGUAGUUUAUGAUAAUCAUGUCCAAAUGGCAAAAUCCCUGAAGAUUGGAAGCUUUCUUAGAAUCUAUAGCGUCCAUACCAAACUUCAGCCCGUUAAUUCAGAGUCCAUGACUUCACUGAUAAGGUUGGAGUUUCAUCUUCAUGGAGGGACCAGCUACGGUCGGGGGAUCAGAGUCUUACCAGAAAGUAACCCUGAUGUCGAUCGGCUGAAAAGAACUUUAGAAUCUGUAGAUUUGGCAGCCAUUCAGCUCUCAAAUGAUACCUGUCAAUCAGAGGAAGAAGACAACUGUUUAACACCUUCAGACUCUGGCUCAGACUUGGUUUCACUGUACGCAGUAGAAAGAUGUCAACAAUUCUGUGCUACAAAGCUUACAGAUCAGCACUGUUUAGAGAAGACACCACUGCGCACCGUUCUGAAGGGAAGCGCCCCUCGACAGUAUCGGAUCCUAGCAAAGCUGAGAUCCUACGAGCCCAGAAGGCUUGUCCAGUCUGUUAAACUUCUUUGUCCCAAGUGCCAUUCACUGCAAGAAGUUCCAUGUGAGGAAAAUGUGGAUAAAAUUUUUCAAGAUGCUGCAACUAAGUCCCCAGAGAGCAAACUGCAAGGUACGCCACUGUAUGACUCAGAAGUCUGGGCCACCAAAGACCAAGGAGGGCGCCGUGUCACCGUCCACUUUGUGAAGAUUGACGGCGUCCUCCCUCUUUCAAGUGAAUGCCUAAUUCUGAUAGAAGGAGGACGGCUCUGUGAAAUCUCUAAACUGUCAAGCAUGUUUGGCGGUGUGAUCCCUGUGAGGUCCGGCCUCGAGGACCUGGAGCUCCUAGACCUUGCAGCACCAUUCCUCAUCCGAGGAAAGGUGUGUCACUAUGGAUGUAAGCAGUGCUCAGACGUGAAACCCAUACAAAGCCUGAGUACCAUUCCUAAUAAAAGACAGUGGAUUCCUUCUUCUGUGGCAGAAGUUUUGGGCAUUGUUCCUCUGCAGUAUGUGUUUGUUAUGACUUUCAGUUUUGAUGAUGGAACAGGAGUAUUGGACGCUUACCUUAAGGAUUCUGAGAAAUUUUUCCAGAUUCCAGCAUCCGAAGUCCUCACUGAUGACAGCCUUCAGGGGAAUCUGGAAAAGGUCAUGAAUGUGAUUUGUCCCCCAGGAAUAAAAAUCGAUGCACACCCGUGGCUGGAAUGCCUCAUCAAGUCCUACAACGUCACAAGCGGAGCGGAGCAGCGAAUAUGUUACCAGAUAUUUGGCACCACGGUUGCAGAAGACAUCAUCUAGUGCGACUCUUCAGUGCUGUGCAUAGGGGGUUUAUAGUCACAGCACACUCUGCUGUUGUUAAAGUACCUUCAGAUGUCCACUGCAGUUUAAGUUCUUUUGUGCAGAAAGACAUUUCUUGUGAAUGUGCGACGAUACCUGCUGCUCAGCAUGCCUUCAGGAGAGCUGUGCUGUUCCUGGUGGACCCUGAAGGUCCAUCUCCCGCCCUGAGACUCUUGUUUCUGUGCUGCCCCCCACCGUCCCCUCGUUGGGUUUCUUUUCCUGUCCUGAGUUUUACACCAGCGGUUGAUGUUAGUGUGGGUAGAUGAGAUAUUCUUGAGCUCUUGCUUUCCUUGAUAAAACAGUGGUGGCUACUUUUCUUUCAUCCUGUUCCGUUUUCCUUUAUUUAUGCACAGAGGACGUGCUUGGCCAGUCCUGGGAAGGACGUCUUCCGGUGCCUCCACACACACGUGUUUGCUUGAGUUCAGCUUGAGCAAUGUGUGUCUGAGUGAGCUGGGAUGCACUGAAGAGAGGAUUUGGUUUAAGGAAGAGUGGCAGAGUUGUUUGAUUUGGUGCUUAAGUUGCCCAUUUUAGGAUGAGUCUGUCACUUUAAACCAGAUGUAUUUGAUUUCCACUUCUCUCUGUAAAUAUUCCAUCCUCUACCAACUAAGAGGUGAUUAACUUUAGGAUUUUUCUUAGCUGAAAAAGUAUUAUAUUUUAAUAGUCUUGUGUAAAAAUAUUCCUACAUUGCAAUAGAAUGAUAUGCUUUUUAACUCAGUGGUGUUUAUCAAGUUUAAAAUCAUGAGUAGUCAAUUACUUUUGCACAAACAUGUACAUAUGUGUAUAUAUGCAUUUGUGUAUUUGCUAAAAACAGAGGGAGAACAGAACUGUGUGGCUUAAAAUAAUAAAUAAAUGCAUUUGUUUCUACAACUUCA